AUGUCUCUUCUUACUCAAGAUCAGAAAAUUCAGUAAAACUUAAAUAAGAAGCUAAAGUCGAACCAGUCAUUGCCAGACUUUAGCUUUGACCACUCAUCACCAGACAAGAAAAGGAAAAUUGAAAAUUUGACAAGAAAGCUUGAGAGUGAUAUGAAUUUGUAACUCAAAUUGAAAAUUCCUAUCCAAAACAAUGGGGAGCUGCCAAAUGAAUACUAUAAGAAUACUUACUAAGGCUGUGGUGGAAUUAUAAGUGGUACUGGGAUAGUUGAGCAGAUAAAUUCUUUCAGAAUGGGAUCUGAGUCAACUAAUAUCACAUCCAGAACUGUUGGAGGAGCUUAGACAAGCAACAUCCAUCAAACUCCCAAUGUGCAAAAGAACCCGAGAUUUUCUUUAAAUCUGGCUUUCUCGAACAAUAGCAAGGGCAAUAACUACUUCAGCACAUUUGAUCAAGGCUAAGACUCAUUUAGGACAUCUCGACAAUAAGCUUUACUGGGUCAACUCAGUAAGAGAUCUCAGCUUGGCUAGCUGAAUAAUAGAGGUUAUUCACAAGGUAAAUACUAAGGUGGAGGGUCAAAUCUUCAUUAAAAUAAUUAUUCAUACAAUCCGAACACAUCUCAAUAAAAUGUUGUAGGCUGUGGCUCAUCACAAUAUUAAAACAUCAGAUUAUCCGAAUUUCUUUUGAAAUCAACUGAAAAAUGCAAAUCUACACUAAGAGUUCCCAAUAAGAUUGGAUCAACAGUUCCAAAUAUGAUGUCUCCAUACUUGAGUAAUUUUAUGAAUGGCUAGUCACCAGAUCAAAAUGAAAUAAGAAAAGUUCAUCUAUUUACUAACAAAACUACAAAAGGGGAAUGCUCAGUAGAAUCAAAAGAAAGAAAUCACUCCAAAGACUCUGGAAACCUGGACAUUAAUGACUUAAUAAGGAUUUAAGAUAACUACUCUAACUACAACAGUAACCUAAAUAACCCAGAUUUCUUAAGGGGAGUAAGUCCUUAUCAAAAUUCUCAUUACAAUGGCUCACCCUUAAGAUUCAAUCAAACAUAGGCUACUACCUAUUUUAACAUUUAAGAAAGAUUCUCAGUAUCUAGCAAGGACGAUGAAUAUCAUCUUAGCACUUAAAAUAAAGAAGAUAAUACAAGCAAUGCGCGAUCAAACUCUUAAAACUACCUUCAAAAGACAUUACUUAGAAGUUAGCAAUCCUGCGAAGGUAUAAACUUAUUUGCAAUCAAUAAGUAUGAUGACAAGUAAGCCAAGAUACCAAAAGUUGUGAAGGGAAAUCAUGCUUAAACUUCAUUUGAUGGUUCUUAAUCUGAGAGAUAGCUUUACUAACAAAACCUAGAUUAGCCUUAGAUCUUGAGAAAGGUUGAUCUUGAAAGAGCAAAUACAAUAGUAGAAGUUCCUGAGAGCUUGCAGAAAAUGUAUUAGAUUGAUAAAAUGAAAAGGAAAGUUUCUCCAUCUCUUCUCUUAGAUAAUUAUCUUCAAAAGAAUUCAGAAUUAAAAAAAUCUGAAAAUCAGCACACCAAAGAUAAUUAAAGUAAGAUAAACAGCAUCCAGCUCCAAAGACAAAAGGUUAAGGAAAGACUUAACUCUAUAACUCAUAACUUCCAAGGAUUGGGAAAUAUUUCUUUGAACAAUUGUCUUGAUAGAUCUCUCACUGGGGUCAAUGCAUUCUCAUCAUAAACUUCAGCAACUAGCAUGACGUAAAGAAGAAUAGCUCUAAGAGCCUCAUAAAAAGUUAAGAAUUAAAAGCAAUAGCAAAACUCAGCAAGCUUGAUGAGUAUUCCUAACCCUUAUAACAAUAUGAGUGAAAGUGCGAAUGAAAUGAGAAGAUAAUUGAGAUGA